GCCCACCAAAAACUACAUGACAUCAUGAACACUCUGUUGUCCCUCUUGGUCUUGGCCACUCUGUGCGCCGUCGGCAUGGCCGGAUAUUUGGGAGGCUACGGCCUGGGAUUCGGAGGCAGAGACGCCGCCGUCACCGUUAGUCUGGACAACCAGAGAGCCGCACCUUACGGAGGACUCGGAGCCUACGGUGCCUACGGCGCCUACGGACUCGGAUACGGAGGAUACGGAGCCUACGGAUUGGGAUACGGAGCCUACGGACUCGGACACGGAGCCUACGGAUUGGGAUACGGAUUGGGUCUGGGAUACGGAGGCUACGGUCUUGGUCUCGGAUACGGACACGGUUUUGGAAAAUUCCACUAAGCGAGAAAGACGAGACGAAUCCGAAGCUUUAAACGAGUGCGAGAAGCUGGGACCUCUCCACUGCUGUACAUAUACUUCUUUCCAAUAAACUCUUAAACAAGC